UAACAAAAGGCAUAGGUAUAAAAGGCAAGAGGUUGAAAGCAGAAAGAAAGUUGAAAUUUUAGUUUUACCAUAGUUUUACAGGAAUAACAAUUUUAAAUGAGAAAAAUGUAACGUAAUAUAAAAGAAUUUCUCUCAGCACCAUGCUAGUCGUAGGAAAGGGGACCGGUUCCCACCUUUUUUGUUCUGUGUUCUCAGACUAAGCAGUAAGCGAGUAAGCCUAUGCCUACGGUACUAUGGCUAUAGCCUAUGGGAUGCCUGUUCAUGGGCCAUGUUUUUUUCUCUAGUAGUAAAUGUUAUUUGUAAAUAUAGUGUCACUGCCAGUGCCAGAGCCAGUGCCAGCAGUGGUGCACAGACAUGUUUAAUUCGCAUUGCUCGCGAAUUGACGCGCUCAUUACGAACAAGCUCCAGCUUUCUGAGGGUUUCCCGAACAAUGACAACAGGAAUGGAGGUACAGAGGUGUUUGAUGGAUUCCUGUGUCAGUGAGCCCCAAAGCACUGACAGUGCAAUCACGAUGCUACAGUUGCUGGCUAAUGGGAAAGAACAUCAGGACAAACAACUAUGCUUUUCAUGUAAUGAACAGUUGGUUCCUACGAGCAACAUUGUAGAGCAUCAGUCUGUGUUUCGUGAGGGCAGAGGAGGAAGUAUUCUUCACCUGAAAUGUCAACCUUGUAAUAAAACAGUGUGUGUGUAUGUGUGUGGACAAUGGUGGUCGCUUAGAGAAAUCUUGCAUUCAAACCGAAUGGACAGGAAUGGGUUUCAACAGGUACAAACAUUCACAGAAAGAGUCAUUCUGCAUACUCUGAAUCGCAUAGUGUUCAGGGAGCAAGAGCAAGAUGAGGACACAGUGGCUGUGUUCCUACCAACCCCAGCUGAGGAAUUCGCAAAGCUUAUGUGGGACGAGGGGGAAGCUGUGGGCUUUUACACUGUCAAAACCAAAGGAAAGGUGUAUGAAUCUUCAUUCCACGAGAGGUAUACAAUGCCUGUCGUUGACAUCAUAUUUGUGCGCAAGAAAGGCAGGGGUCUUGGGUUUGGAGAAAAUCUGCUUAAGGACAUGGUAUCAAUGUUUCCAGUUGAAAACUUUGGGUUUAGCCAUCCAGUGUCUCCUGCAAUGUAUCAAGUUCUUCUUCGAUACCUGCACUCACGACCCCACAUGCGAGAUCGCAUCUGGGUCACUACCUACACAGGCGACGAAGGAUAUCGACGCAAUGUGUGGCUACUUGUGCGCCAUCUAGCAACAAAUGUAGACAGCACGGAUUAAAAGUGAGGUGGUUUAAUGAAGAGUGUCAUAGUAUCGAUUGUAUCUAGUCUAUCUUCAUAGUCUAUAUUAUGACACUUCUGAUGUAAUGACACCAUCAUGGUUUACAACACCAUUGUAGGUAAUGAACUGUGUGAGAAAAUUUGAAACAACUAGACAGACAUUCAAGGGUAAUUAGAGUGACAUGAGAUUUUCCCCCCUCGGGUCCUGGGAUCGAAAAUGCCACUAGUGAUAAUACUAUUGUACUGCAAUGACUUGUUGUUUUCAUUACUAUUCUGUAUUGAUCAUGAAACAUUUAUUACACUGAUAUGUGAUCAGGUUUUUAACCUCCCGAGAGGGUUAACCUUUAAUUAUUAUUUUUUGUAUUAUUUCCAAAAUAAAUAGCUUACAGUAUUUGUAUUCAAUAUGGAAAACAUACUAAAUUUCAACAUAGUGACCAACAGUGGAAGGUCAGUGAUCAACAUUUGUAUCUGUGAUCUACCAAUUCCAUGACUUUAUUGUAAAUAACAAAAUUGUCUUUGUGGUGAAAGAUGUCAAGGGGAGUAAUGGCAUGAUUUCUCAACUCAAAUAAAUAGCUUUUUUUAUUCACUCUCUUAAGAAGUGAACAAAGAAUGCUAGGUUUUAACUGGGUUCCAGGCAAAAUACAAUAUUUUAAAAGCCAAAGUUUCCGAAUGAAAACUGUUCAAAAUGCAUGCAGUGUUUAGACUACAAUGAUUUGUUUUUAUAUGCAUUCCGCCCCAUGUUUUAUGAGGAUUUCUUAUUUGAAUUUGCUAGAAAAACAGCAAUAAUAACUAUUAGAAAGUGUGUCUGACCAGGAGAGAUACUUUCCUUACAAUAACGACAGGCUUUGAUUUGAAAUAUGUAGUUUAAGUCAAAAAGAGAAAUAUGAAAAUAAUUUUCCAUAAUUUUCCUAUGGUUUUAAUUUGUAUUGCGUUGUUAUUAAUGCAUGUUUAUUUCUGUUAUUAUGAGAGUAUAGUAAUUUAUUACAUGUAGAAUAUAAUACAUAAGUUAAGUGUCCUGGUUUAAUAUGGCUUUAUUAUAUUAAAAAUACAGUUUAAAUAAAUCUAUAACAUUUUGUGGAAAAUUAUAGAUGUGACGAUA